CUCGUUGGGAUCCACCAUCCAGUCCCACACGAAGGGGAUCUGGAUGAUGUGUGUGCCUCACCCAGUCCGGCCCGAUCACUGCCUCAUCCUAUUGGACACUGAAGGCCUGGGAGAUGUGGAGAAGGGCGAUCCGACCAACGAUUCCUGGAUUUUUGCUCUCGCUGUGCUCCUGAGCAGUAUGUUGGUCUAUAACAGCAUGGGCACCAUCGACCAGUACGCAAUGGACAAGCUCCAUUAUGUCACCGAACUGACCGAGCUGAUCAAAGUGAAAGCGACAGGAGGGGAGGACGAGUCCACGGAGUUUGCUCGUUUCUUCCCAGCCUUUGUCUGGUCCGUGCGGGAUUUCACCCUGGAUUUGACCUUGGAGGGCAGGAAGGUGACGGAGGAUGGGUACCUGGAGAAUGCUCUCAAACUGAAACACGGUGCCAGUCCCAAUGUCCAGAAAUAUAACCUGCCGAGGGAGUGCAUCAGGAAUUACUUCCCCACGCGCAAGUGUUUUGUCUUCGACAGACCUGCUGAUAAAGACACCAUGAGGAACAUGGAGGAGGUUCCAGACUCCUGUCUAGAUGCUGCGUUUGUGAAUCAGGCCCAGAGAUUUGUUCAGUACGUUUACAGAACGGCACAGACCAAGACCCUGAAAGGAGGGUAUCCAGUGACUGGGCAGAUGCUGGGAGCCCUGGUGCUGACCUACGUGGACUCUAUCCGGAGUGGACACCUGCCUUGCCUUGAGAGUGCGGUGCACACACUGGCCGAUAUUGAGAACACAGCUGCAAUCCAAGAGGCAGCGCAGGCCUACGGGAAAUGGAUGGGGGAGAGGGUGACCCUCCCCACGGAGACAGUGAAGGAACUCUCGGAGAUCCAUAACCAGGUUCACCCUGAGGCUCUGCAGCUCUUCAUGAGGCGCUGUUUCAAGGAUGAAGGCCAGAGAUACCAACAGGAGUUUACGAAAGAAGUGGCUGCCAUUUACGCCGACAUUUCUGAGAAGAACAGGGAAUUGUCCACGGAUAUCUCCAACAGGAUCAUCUUGGAUCUGGGAGCUGGGAUCCAGGAGAAGAUCCGAAUCGGAUCUUACACGAAGCCAGGGGGAUACUCGGAGUAUGAGAAGGACAUGGCAGAGCUCGUGAGGAAAUACCGAGCGACACCACGGAAAGGAGUCCAGGCUCAGCAAGUUCUUCAGGACUUCCUGGCAAUGAAGCAGCAGCUCUCGGACUCCAUCCGACAGGCUGACCAGACCAUGACCACCUCACAGAAGGAGAUCCAAGCUGCACGGGAGAGGGCAGAAGUGGCAGAACAGCAGCAGAGAGCGAAGGAAGAGGAGAAACGUGCAGCUGAGCAACGCCUGGUGGAUGAGAGGAGGGCGGCCGAGGUGAAUUUGGAUCAGCUGAAAGAGAAAGCCAAGCAGGAGCAGGCCCGACUGGUCCAGGAACACGAGAGGCUCCUGACCCAGAGGCUGCAGGAGCAGGACAAGCUGGUGAAGGAAGGGUUCCAGGGCCGGGCAGACGCUCUGCAGCGAGAGAUCGACGCUUUGAAAGUGGAGAAGAAACAGGCAGCAUCCCCUUCCUUGGUGGAUGUGGUGAUCGACACGUCCAUUCUCGCAGCUCCCGGAUUUUUCAAAGUUAUCCCAAUCGCUGCCAAAGUGGGCAAGUUUCUGUGGGACAAGUUCUGGUGAGCGUAAUCUGUGUCCCCAAACCGUGAAACCCAAACCCCUCACCACCCCCCCCCCCCACACACACACACACACACACACCACACACACCACACACACACCCCCUCACACACACACACACACACACACCCUCACACACCCCCCCACACACACACACACACACACACACACCCUCACACACCACACACACACACACACUCUCUCUCUCUCUCCUGCAUCCCACAGAUAUAUAAGUCUAUGGGUGAACUGGUGUUUGCAAAAUAAUAUUUACAGAUACAUUCUAUUUCCCUCAAAAUCUGCCUAACCUCCAGGCAGCCAAUGCAGGCCGUCUAUCCUGAUGAAGGGCAAAUGCCUGAAACGUGGAUUCUCCUGCCCCUGGGAUGCUGCCUGACUGACUGUGCUUUUCCAGCAUCACCCUCUCGACAGUCACUCCUCCCAAUAUCAUGGAAAUUCCACUUUAGACAUCGAACCAGUCUGACUCAAGGUUGGGACAGACUCGAACCUUACCCCAUGAAUGCAGGGUCUGAGCUGAGAUGGGACCUUCUGUUAUAAAACCUUAUCUUGAGAUUGUGAGUGAAACAAACUCCUGGAAUUGACAUAUUAAAGAACUGAAAUCAGCAGAGCCAUUCGAAAA